AUGACAGCUCUCGAUCACAGCUCGCCAACUCCGCCGCGACAGAUACGGGCAGAUUUCGACGACACCACCAUUACCUUGUAUCAAGCGUACAGUGCUGCCAUUGCGGAACCUGCAGUGGCAGCACAGAAGCUGACGGCCGCGCCAUCGUUCAAACCCACCCGCAUGACGUGGGUCAAGCCGAGCUGGGCGUGGAUGCUGUAUCGAGCUGGGUAUUCAUUCAAAGAUGCCGGCCAGGAGCGCAUCCUUGCCCUCAAGAUGCGCCAUGCCGACUUUCUAGCGCUUCUGCGCAGAGGCGUCCUCGCGUCGCAGGCGACAACUGCUGAGGGCGAGGUGCGUGUGCAGUGGGACCCUGAGCGCACGGUGCGGUUGGAUAAACUGCCACACAGGAGCAUACAGAUUGGCAUUCCGAGAGGUUUAAGUCAGCAAUGGGCCGACGAAUGGGUCGUCGGGAUCGAGGACGUCACCGACAGGGCGAGGAAGCUGAAAGACGUCCUGGAUGUAAGACCGGGCGUCUCCAACGCGGAGCUGCUCGAAAUGGGCCUUGUACCAGCAGAGAGAGUGUAUCAGGUGCCAGAGGAUGUCAUACGAAGAUUAUGCAUGGACGAAACCCCCACGGUGAAGCCAGAGGGCCGGGCUUGA